AUGACUAUCGUUGGGACAAACGCUGUAGAAACGGCGGCAAAGAGGGAAAGACAAAUAUCCCCAACGAUUGCGUCAAAUAUGACUCAGACACGGGAUGAAGUUUUAAUUACCCAUGAUUUUCCAAAUGCUGGAGGAACACAAAUAUCACCAUUGAUUAUGCCAAUCCUGACUCAGACACGUGAUGAAAUGUCCAGUAAUCGCAAUUCGCCUAUUGCUGGAAGUAGUAAUGCAUUUGAGGUACUUUUCAACACUGUUUUAUCUUAA